GCGGCGGCCCUGAAAGCGGCUCUCGGAGCCUUAGGCGGCUCCGGCUGAGGCGGCUCCUGAGGCGGCGGCGACCCGCUCCCGGCUCCCCGCUCUCGGCUCCUCCUCCCGGCCCGCCAGCCCAGGCCGCUCCCCGGGCCCGAAGAUGCCGGCCGUGUCCAAGGGGGACGGGAUGCGGGGCCUGGCGGUCUUCAUCUCCGACAUCCGCAACUGUAAAAGUAAAGAAGCAGAAAUAAAGAGAAUAAACAAAGAACUGGCAAACAUUAGAUCAAAAUUUAAAGGUGACAAGGCUCUUGAUGGCUAUAGUAAAAAAAAGUACGUCUGCAAGUUGCUCUUCAUCUUCCUCCUGGGUCAUGACAUUGACUUUGGGCACAUGGAGGCCGUGAACCUGCUGAGCUCCAACAGAUACACGGAGAAGCAGAUCGGCUACCUCUUCAUCUCUGUGCUGGUGAACUCCAACAGUGAGCUCAUCCGGCUCAUCAACAAUGCCAUCAAGAAUGACCUGGCCAGUCGGAACCCCACCUUCAUGGGCCUGGCCCUGCACUGCAUCGCCAACGUGGGCAGCCGAGAGAUGGCCGAGGCCUUCGCUGGGGAGAUUCCAAAAAUCCUUGUAGCUGGAGACACCAUGGACAGCGUGAAGCAGAGUGCCGCCCUUUGUUUGCUGCGUUUGUAUAGAACAUCUCCUGAUCUCGUCCCCAUGGGUGACUGGACAUCCCGAGUUGUGCACCUUCUCAACGACCAGCAUUUGGGCGUGGUGACUGCUGCCACUAGUCUCAUCACCACCUUGGCACAGAAGAAUCCUGAGGAGUUCAAGACCUCUGUCUCUCUGGCCGUCUCCAGAUUAAGCAGGAUUGUGACAUCUGCAUCCACAGACCUUCAGGAUUAUACCUACUAUUUUGUCCCGGCUCCCUGGCUGUCCGUAAAACUUCUGAGGUUGCUACAGUGCUAUCCACCCCCAGAAGACCCCGCAGUGCGAGGCCGCCUGACCGAGUGCCUGGAGACGAUUCUGAACAAAGCCCAGGAACCACCAAAGUCAAAAAAAGUGCAGCAUUCCAACGCUAAGAACGCCGUGCUCUUUGAGGCGAUCAGCCUGAUCAUUCACCACGAUAGUGAGCCAAACCUGCUCGUCCGCGCCUGUAACCAGCUUGGCCAGUUCCUGCAGCAUCGGGAGACCAACCUGCGCUACCUGGCCCUGGAGAGCAUGUGCACGCUAGCCAGCUCCGAGUUCUCCCACGAGGCAGUCAAGACACACAUCGAGACAGUCAUCAAUGCUCUGAAGACGGAGCGGGACGUGAGUGUCCGGCAGCGGGCUGUGGACCUCCUCUACGCCAUGUGUGACCGCAGCAAUGCUCAGCAGAUUGUGGCCGAGAUGCUGAGCUACCUGGAGACGGCUGACUACUCUAUCCGGGAGGAGAUCGUGCUGAAGGUUGCCAUCUUGGCGGAGAAGUAUGCUGUGGACUACACGUGGUACGUGGACACCAUCCUCAACCUGAUCCGGAUUGCUGGUGACUAUGUGAGUGAAGAGGUGUGGUACCGUGUCAUUCAGAUUGUCAUCAACCGGGACGAUGUGCAGGGCUAUGCUGCCAAGACGGUGUUCGAGGCUCUCCAGGCUCCGGCGUGCCAUGAGAACCUGGUCAAAGUGGGUGGCUACAUCCUGGGGGAGUUUGGAAACUUGAUAGCUGGGGACCCGAGAUCCAGCCCCCUGAUCCAGUUCAACUUGUUACACUCCAAGUUCCACCUGUGCAGCGUCCCCACCAGGGCGCUGCUCUUGUCUACCUACAUCAAAUUUGUGAACCUCUUUCCGGAGGUGAAAACCACCAUUCAGGAUGUGCUGCGCAGCGACAGCCAGCUGAAGAACGCGGAUGUAGAGCUGCAGCAGCGGGCCGUGGAGUAUCUGAGGCUCAGCACAGUGGCCAGCACCGACAUCCUGGCAACCGUCCUGGAGGAGAUGCCGCCUUUUCCAGAGCGUGAGUCUUCCAUCCUGGCCAAGCUCAAGAAGAAGAAGGGCCCAAACACUGUGACAGACCUGGAGGAUGCUAAGCGGGAGAGGAGCGCAGAUGUCAAUGGGGGCCCUGAGCCUGCCCCGGCCAGCGCCGCGUCCACACCUUCUCCAUCCGCAGACCUCUUGGGUCUGGGGGCUGCACCACCUGCCCCUGUGGGCCCCCCACCUUCCUCUGGCGGGCUGCUUGUGGAUGUGUUCUCAGACUCACCCUCCGCGGUUGCACCGCUGGCUCCCGGCUCUGAAGACAACUUUGCCAGAUUCGUCUGUAAAAAUAACGGUGUGCUGUUUGAAAAUCAGCUGCUUCAAAUUGGACUGAAGUCUGAAUUCCGGCAGAAUUUGGGUCGGAUGUUUAUAUUUUAUGGAAAUAAGACCUCCACGCAGUUUUUAAAUUUCACUCCAACACUGAUCUGUUCAGACGACCUUCAGACGAAUCUGAGCUUGCAGACCAAGCCCGUGGACCCGACUGUGGAUGGUGGAGCCCAGGUGCAACAGGUUGUGAACAUAGAGUGUGUGUCUGACUUCACGGAGGCACCAGUCCUCAACAUCCAGUUCAGGUAUGGGGGAACCUUUCAGAAUGUGUCCGUUAAGCUGCCUAUCACACUCAACAAAUUUUUCCAGCCCACAGAAAUGGCUUCUCAGGAUUUCUUUCAGCGUUGGAAGCAGCUGAGCAGUCCCCAACAGGAAGUGCAGAACAUUUUCAAAGCAAAGCACCCGAUGGACACAGAAAUCACCAAAGCCAAGAUCAUUGGGUUUGGUUCUGCACUCCUUGAAGACGUAGAUCCUAAUCCUGCAAAUUUCGUGGGGGCUGGUAUCAUACACACCAAAACCACCCAAAUUGGAUGCUUACUGCGUUUGGAACCAAAUCUGCAAGCCCAGAUGUACCGACUCACGCUGCGCACGAGUAAAGAGACCGUCUCUCAGAGGUUGUGUGAAUUGCUGUCAGAACAGUUUUGAUCCACGAGGAUGGAGGAUCAGGCUCCUGUGUCUUGCAUUUUUCUUCAUCUGUGUCAUUUGUCUUCAUUGCUGUGCUGCAAAUAAACAGCCCUGUGUACAGGCGUCUCUCA